AUAUUGUUUAAUAUUGUGAGUCUUUGUUAGACAAAUAGCUAGGAUGAUAAUGUCCUCACUAUAAUCCAUUGCAACAAUUGUGAAUAAAACAUGAUUCUAAGUUAUAUAUAGGAUAGACUGGAAAGGAAGAAAGAAACGGAUGUUUAUAGUAUUAUUAUUUGUCUCAAUGCGUAAAUCGGAAAAAUCAGAAACAACAAAGGAACAAAUGAGAUUAUUGCCUGUUGUAAGAUAUCAGCUGUUACAAAGAGCUUGUCAUACAAGUCGUAGCAUCACUGAUCUAAUACCCAGUCAUACAGAGUUAUCCAGGGAUCACCUAACACCAGAAAUAGCCCUCCAUCUUAUAACACCACGAUGUAAGCUGUGGAAUAGCAAAGGAGAUGAUGUGCCAUUUCCUGACCCUUACUGGGCAUUUUAUUGGCCCGGGGGACAAGCAUUAACCAGGUUCAUAUUGGACAAUCCAUAUAUUUUUGCCAACAAGAACAUAGUUGACAUUGGAAGUGGGUGUGGAGCCUCUGCCAUUGCAUGUAAAAUGAUAGGUGCUAGCAGUGUUGUUGCUAAUGACAUAGAUAAAGUUGCCAUUGGUGCCAUUAACUUGAAUGCAACAGCCAAUCAAACAGAAGUAUCGGUAUCGUCAGAAAACCUGAUUGGUUCUAUCGAUUUGAACUGGAACAUUGUACUGCUAGGGGAUAUGUUUUAUGACCGCCAUUUUGUAGACAUAGUUAGUAACUGGAUUCCGAAAUUAUCAAACAAUAACAUAUCUGUAUAUGUAGGGGAUCCAGGCAGACUUCCUCUGAUCAACCAUCCACUCAGUUCAAAAUUAGAAAUGGUGUUCAAGUGUGAACUACCUGAAGAAUGUCUGAAGGGAAAUAAUGGUAUGACCUCUGGCUAUGUCUGGAAAUAUAAACCCUGAUGUCUGAAAUACCUUAUGAUCAUGUGAUGUUGGAGUAGCAAUGACAAUUUAUAUCAGAUUAUCACGAGAAUAUUUUGUAUAUAUUGCCAGAAACACUAUUAUACCAAAUCGUGAUAGGUAACACAAAAAAGAUCUAUAGAUUAUCGUUACAUAAUCGGAAAGGUAUCAACUCUACCACCGAAAAGAAAUUCAAAAGACAACAAUAAUUCACCAAUCUCGUUAACGUCCUCCUUACCACAUUUCGUUCAUAGUUAAGCAACGCAAUGUCACCACUGUUUAUAAGUUUACCCGGAGUUCAUCCUUGUUCAUGUAAUGCAGAGGUUCCAUGUGAACUCAUUUUAAGCUAGUUUUUUAAAUUCGUACAUCUUUUAUUUUUAAGGAGAAUCAGCGGAAAAUAAAGUUUUGCUUAACGGGAUUAAUAAAUAUAAAAAUGUAUGACAUUUAAAGUAGAAUAACAUUUUAUAGAUCAGUUACCUUUUUUAUCUUUUUAUUGCAUAUUAUUUUCUACUUAUCGUAUCAUGACAUAUAAUAUUUAUAUACAUAAAUACAUACAUAAAUACAAAUAAAUUCUCACAUUCUAGUACA